AGACCCUUAGAAACCUCUUUCUAUAAAAGGCAGCUCUGGGUCCUAGUACCAUGCAGUUGGUUGUAGCUUCUAUUUUGUUAACAAAGAAGGACAUAUUAAUAAAUAAAGAUGGAUUUUAGGACUUUUGCCGCGUGUUUGAUUAUGACAGUCUGUUUCAUAAAGCAGUCGGACGCCGCUGCGAUCACUGCAUGGGCUGAAACUGGCGGAAAUUCGGCAACGAUAACAGGAGCAUCUGGUAGUAUGACGGUGGCAACAGUUACGGAUAACAUAGCCGCAGGCGGCACACUCUUUACAGUGACUGCAACACCAAAUACAGCUGUUACGUAUGCGUUCGAUACAAACGGGAACCCAGGCAGCAUCGCAGCUACAGCAAUUACUGCCGGGGUUGUCACUAUUGUUGCUGCCCUGGAUGUUACGAAACCAACAACCUACGAAUUUGUUAUCGUCGCUACUGAAACUACUACUACUACUAAUUCGGGAACAGCCACAGUUACGCUGUCAGUAACCGACCUACCUGGUCUUUCCGACUAUCAAAUUCCAGUAUGUUUGGCUGACGGCGCUGCUAUUGGUACAGCAGUAACUACACUAACUGCCUCCAACACAGUUGCCACAUGGGUCACAUCAGAACCGACAAACUUUGCCGUUAGCGCCGGAGCCGUGACGACAGCGGUGGCCAUGAGUGCUUCAACCAAAGCAGGAUACGCAAUAACCGUCACCGCAACCGACGCAAACAGUAAAACAUCUGUUGCAAAUGUCUGGAUCGUGGUUGGAAUAUGUAGUGGAGCCAUGAAGAUCACCAUCACUGCUGCCCUGGUGAUGAUGUCCUUUGUCAGCGCUUACCUUAUCUAGUGAUCCUGACACCUACAUGUUAUUCUUCUUUAGAUUUCUAAUCACACUCAAAAGAACAAUUUUAGUACCAGAAUCAAUUAUGAUAAAGAUCCUCAUCUGACCUUAAUAUGAUCUGAAUAAAAAUUGUUACAAAGCCAAAAGUAAAUUAAUUGUGGUGGGACAUACACAUGCUUAUGCUUUUGUUUUUACCAUACCAAAGGACUUUAUUAUGUAUAAAUUUUGAACAUCGAUCAAAAUAACUCAACUUAAAUGAACACAAAAUACAAUAUGUCUGUUGUGAAACUUGUUAUAAAUAUUUGUAUACCAUGUACUGUUUAUGUUUUUCGCAUGUGUACUACAGUACUGAUGUCAUAUCGGCAGCAUUUGUCACCUUUGUUACAUUCGACUUACAUUCAGACUAAGUGUUAUUGUAUCAUUCUGGUAACAAUGUGCAUGACACUAGGGAAAUAGUAUACUGCUUGAGAGACUGUCAACUGUCGUAUGUGUGUAAAAUGGAAAAGUUUUUCGUAUGAUUGUCAAUUUGAUACGAAAUCGUUCAAUUUGAAAUGAAAUCGAAAACUGAACCUAUAUAAUAUUGUGCAUACCUUUAUAUAAACAAGCGUGUAUAAUCAAGACAAUAAAUGUGCAAUGUU